AUUCUAGUAGCGGAUAGUGAAAGAGCAGGCGCAAUAGUGGGGAUUAUAUGGUGGAGCUGUGGUGCACAGUGACAUAACCUUUAUUAAAUACGAUUUAUUUAAAAGUACAUAGCAUCUGAUUUACAAUGCGGCUUGGAUUAAUUCUAUUACACAUUUCUAAACCUAAAAUGCCAUAUAGAUUUAGAGGAAAAUAUCGUAUAGUUAAGAAACCAUCUCUGCACGAUUUAUAUAAGAUGAAGAAUGAUUUUGAAAGAGAAGAACAAAACAUGUUGAUUUUGCGACAUCCUUAUCUUACAAUCGAGCAAUCUCAUGGUCAUGCACGAACAUCAGAAAAAAUAGAAAAGUUUUUUCAACAAAUGUAUGAAAAAAGAAAACAGGAAUACCAAAAGGAAAUCACUAUUGCAGAACGUCUACACCAUUUGAGAGUCACGGAAGGAUGGGAUUAGAAGAAUGUCGUAAUUUUUUUUUUUUUUCAACAAUUUUAUGUAAAUUGAUACAAUAUACUGAAUAUAUUACGUAAGCUUGAUAAGAUCGAUAUAUUGGUAAUGUACAAAUCAAAAGAUGGAGUUAAUACUGUGACAUUAUUUCAAAAAACUGAAUUAUAUUAUUUGUAUAUGAUUCAAGCCUUUACAUCUACUAAAAAGGUGUCUUUAAAUUUCGUUAAUGCA